ACAGACAGACAGACAGAUACACACACAGACAAAAACAUAGAAAACAGAGACGUAUAUGAACACACACACAUAUAUACAAAUAGAGAUACACAAGGGCACACACACACAGACAGACAGACAGGCAGACAGAUACACACACAGACACAAACAUAGAAAGCAGAGAUAAAUAUGACCACAGACAAACAUAUACAAAUACAUAUACACAAUGGCACAAAAAAGACUGACAGAAAAAGACAAGAGCAGAAAAUUAUAUAUAAACGGCAUUAUACUCACACUCCCUCUCUCUUCCCUUCUUCGUCCAGUCCCGCCGAAGAAGAUCCGCAUCCUGAACGAAGAGGGCCUGGAGGUGAGCGGCGUGAUCGGGCCUUACCCCAUGGGCGCCUCCCUCACCCUCGUCUGCCAGGUGGACACAGGCCGCCCUCGUCCCAAGCUGUCGUGGUUCUUUGAGGAGAAGCUACUGGACGACGUGGUGGAGGUGCGUCGCGGCGAGAUCACCAGCAACACCCUGCACCUGCCCUCCCUCACGCGGAACUACCUGUACCGCGUUCUCACCUGCCAGGCUUCUAACUCCAACCUCUCCGUGCCCGUCGCCGCCACCGUCACCCUGGACAUGAGCUUCCCGCCCCUGGACGUGAGGAUCAUGGGCACGCGGGCCAGUCUGUCGGAGGGCGAGAGGUACGCCAUCGUGUGUGAGUCCUCGGGGUCCCGUCCCUCGGCGACCAUCACCUGGUGGAAGAACGGGAUGAUGAUGACGGAUACCAAGAACCAGAUCUUCAACGAGGGUAACGUGAGCCGGUCGACGCUCUACCUGACGCCGAGCCUCGCCGACGAUGACGCCUACGUGUCGUGCCGCGCCAAGAACCCGCUCGUGCCCAACGCCGUGCUCGAGGACUCCAGGAAGCUGAACGUACACUACACGCCUCGGCUCUCCCUGGCGGCGGGACUCAACCUGGAUAUGGACGACAUCAAAGAGGGCGAUGACGUGUAUUUCGAGUGUGGUAUCAAAGCCAACCCUCCGGUGUUCAAAGUGCAGUGGUUUCAUAACUUAAACCGCAACUUGCACGGCGUGGGCAGCUCCAACGCCGUGCAGCUCAGCGUCAAGUUCGCCCCCACGUGCCGGCCGGGCCAGAAAGCUGUGUACGGCGUUGGGAAACAUGAGGAGUUGAACAUCACCUGCAGCGUUGAGGCCCACCCCGAGCCCGCGUCCUUCAGGUGGGCGUUCAACAGCUCAUCGGAGGUAGUGGACAUUCCCUCGACCAAGUUCUGGGUGGUGGGGAACGGCAAGAGCCAAGCCUCGUACACCCCGCGGACUCACCUCGACUACGGGUCCUUGCUGUGCUGGGCUAACAACGAGGUGGGGCGACAGCAGCAGCCUUGUAUCUACCAUAUCAUACACGCUGCCACGCCGGAGCCCGUCAACAACUGCACAGUGGAGAAUGUGAGCUCAACCAGCGCCUCAGUGCGGUGUCAGGCAGGCUGGGACGGCGGGCUUGCGCAAACCUUCACCCUCUCCGUCACUCCCGCCGCCUCAGCCUCAAAACCCGGUACCAGGGAGGACGACGGGAGGAAGGAGGCCGCCCCGAGAGUCCUGGCUAACACCUCCACCGCGCCCAAGCCUGAGUUCUUCCUGACGGGGCUGGAACCGGGGACGAAGUAUGUAUUGACGAUCAUGGGCGUGAACAAGAAGGGUGAGAGUGAACCGAUGCAUUUGGCUAUCUUCACGCUCAAGGAUGUGGCCGAGAAGCGAACAAGCCAAGGCGUGGGCGUCCUGGCCUUCACGCCCAUCCUCGCCGUGCUGCUGGGCGUGGUGGCGUCCCUCUUCCUCAUGGCGCUGGUCAUCGCCCUCGUGGUCAGGUCAAGGCGCCCCAGAGACAACCGCAAGCAGGAGGUCAAGAUGGUGUACGACAAGGGCGCGUCGGCCUCCACGACCACGCCGCUGCGGGGAGCGACGGCGGCCGACGACGACGACGCUUCCCCGACGCCCGGCGCUACGGCGACCGACGACGCCAACCCCGACGUGAUCCCCGUCAACGAUGACCACCAGGUGAAGGAGCUGCAAACCCACACCUAUACGGCUGAGACCAUGCCCAUCACAGACCUUCAAAAGCACCACCAGCAACUGCAGAAGUCACCGCCCACCUCCCCUUCGACAGGCCAGCAUCUCUCAAGCCCGCAGCAGCAGCACCAACAGCAGCAGCAGCACGGGUCAGAGUACCUCCAAGGGCAUGAUGGGUCCUUCUACAUCAACCCUGGGAAUCUGCUGCGCCAGAAGGGCUUGCCGGUGGUGAUGCCGCGCGAGGGACCUGGAGCAGACGCCGCCGGGACGCUCAUCCACCUGGGCCGUCCGCUGGCAGCCUCCUCGCCCGCCGCCCGCGCCGUCCCGCCCACACUGAACAUGGUGAGCAGCAGCAGCAGCGGCACAAACACUCCGGAGGGCGCCGCGACCCCCCUGCUGGAUCAUCCUCGCAAAGCCGCCAGGAGCAGUCUUCGGGACGAGCCCCGCGAGGGCCUCACAAAGGGUCUUCCACUCGAAGGCAUCGCGCAGGAUUCCCCCGCCAGCUCAAGGUUAAGCACCUCGAGGAGCAGUGUCUCAAGCAGCUUCCGGAUGCCCCGCUCAAGGAGCCCCUCAGAGACCUGCAAGAGUGUUUCCGGCAGCUUGAAGUACGACGACCCGCGGAGGAGCCCGUCGAGGACACGCGUCAGCCCCUCGGGAAGCUUCAAGCUGGAGCUUCCAGAGGAAGCGAAACAGGCCCUCAGCGCCCACAGGAGGGAGGGGCCGGGGAGCUUCAAGGGAGAGCUGUCGGUUCGCUCCAAGCUGGAAGUGCCGGAGCCGGUGCGGCGCAACUCCGUCGGCAGUAUCGGGCCAGGCCUGCCGCUGCCGCAGGAGCUGAUCGAGAGCCUGAUAAAAGUUCAGCCAACGAGGCACCGGAGGGAGUCUCUGGAGGUGCCGAGCCUCUCCUACAACAGGGAACGCUCGGACGCCCUCAGGAGAGGAUCAAUCGGCAGCUUCGUGACCUCCACGCCGGAGAAUCUAAGGAAAUCCUCCCUCGGGAGCUGCAAAGUUCACGGCUCACAAAGAAGUCCAUCGGGAAGUCUACGAAGCCCAACCAGAAGCCACAGGAAGGACUCGUCGGGCAGUCAGUCCGGGGAAUCUCCAAGGAGGAGCCCCUCAGACAACUACAAGACCGAUUCCGGGACCUGCAAACUUCACACACCAAAGCGAAGCCCCUCCGAGGGAUUCCAGAGAGAAGCGUCGGGAAGCCUCAAGGAUCCUCCGGCCAAAAGCUCCUCCAGCAGCUUCCAGAGGGAGAUGACGCGCAGCCUGAAGUCCGACCCGUGCACAAAAGUCGCAGAAUUGAUCACACGAGAACUUUCGAGGAGCCUCAGAGUGGAUGCUUCAAGGAAGAGUCCUUCGGGCGGAUCCAUGAGGGAGUCUCCGGGAGCUGGCUUCAAGGCAGAGAGCUCAAGGAGGAGCCCCUCCGGGAGUUACAAAAGUCCCUCCGGCAGCUUCAAGGGUCUGGAAGAGAACCUGCACCUACGGAGGAAGAGUUGCUCAGGCGGCUUCGUCUUGGAUCCCCCGAAGAGGGAGUCCCUGGGAUUCAACCUGGACGCUCCAAGGAAGGGGUCGACGGGGAGCUGCAAGCUGGAAACCCCGAAGGUAAGUCCCUCGGGCAGCGGGACAAGGGAGUCCCCGGGGAGCCGCAUGCUGGACACGUCCCGGUGCUCCAGGAAAGGCUCCUGGGCCAGCCCCACCGGAGGAUCCCCCAACCGCCAGAGAAAGAAGUCACUGUAUGCCUUCCCCACUCAAGAGCAAGCAGGAGCCCUCAUGCUGGCCUCGCCCAGCAACCUCACCGUGGAUCAGCCGUGGAUGCCCCGGAAAGGCUCAUUGGGCAGCCUCACGGGGCCGCGGCACGGAUCCCUAGAAAGUCUCCUGUCGGCAGCCGAGCUGGGAGAAGUGGUGCAGGUAUCCCAGGGGAGCGGCGAGACGGACGUGCUGGGCAACUUCAAGAUCGACUCCUCCAAGGACGGCCACCUGGUGGUGACUCAGAUGGCGGGGUCACCCUCGUCUCAACCAGGUUCUAGCCGACCCGAUAGGCUGCGCAUCGUGUGUCCCCUCGACACCAAGAUCAGGAUAGAACUCAAGAUGGACUAAGCAGCGACGGUCUGUGCGUGCGGCCAGCGAACCUGAAGCCUGGUGAGGCGUGUGUGUGUUGUGUGUGUUCGUGUGUGUGUGUUGCAAUGUUGGGAGUGCUCCGAACAAUGGGACAAAGACCAAGAAAGACUGUUUGCCCAUCAGAGGGGAUACUAAGUUAUCGUGAAGAAUGACCCAGCGAACAUGAGGCGUAAACAUUGACACCCAAGAGGCGAGUGUGUUGCAAAGAUGAUGAUGAUGGGUGUGUGGGUGAGAGACAAGAACUGCGAAACAAACACACACACAAACACGCACACCGAGGGAGAGAGAGAGAGAGAGAGAGAGAGAGAGAGAGAGAGAGAGAGAGAGAGAGAGAGAGAGAGAGAGAGAGAGAGAGAGAGAGAGAGAGAGAGAGAGAGAGAGAGAGAAAACAGGGUCAUAUACUCCCUACACCAAUACUCGUGAUCUCUCCCUCCGCCAGUAAGACCCUCCCUCCCUCCCUCCUCCUUGAAGUGGUGUCGUUGAUGUGGAUCGAUGUAUUAAUGGGCUCUGCUGUCGGGCGGGCGCGGACAUCCCCUUGACGCCAGUAUGUAUAUGUAUAUGUAACACACGAGCUGUUUCAUUUAUGUUUUACGAGUCAUGUUUUAUAUAAUACAUUUUUGGACGUGAAUACUGGAUGAACGGAAGAGACUGAGUGAGAGAGAGAGUGAGAGAGAGAGAACGUACCCUCACCCAUAUUACUUAAGUGUGACGAGUAAGUGACGUGGUAAUCCUUGUUUAAUGGACACGGCAAAGCACACAAGUCGUAAACGUGUAUGAGUGGGGUUAAGCCUUUUUUAUAUGAUGUGUCAGUCACUUACAGGGAUUGCUUCUUCGUUCUUUGAGUGGCAUUAUGAUGAUUAUUAUUGUUAGCAUUACCAGUGUAGCUUUUUGUACAGGUAUGUUUCACGAUGCUUUUGUGUAGUGUUGGGGAGGUGAGGAAUACAAAGAAACAGAGGAAGAGGAGGAAAAGAAUGGAGGAGGAGGGAAAAUGAGAAUAGAAUGAAAUAUAGUAAGAGAAAACUGGUGAAUGGGAAUAGAAACAAAUGGAAUAAGAGGGAACUGAUGAAUGGAUAGUUAUAGAAAAAACAUAUUGUAAGAGAGAGAAAUGAUGUUUGGGAAUAUAAAUAAACACAAAAUGAGAGAACUAAUGAAUGAGAAUCGAAAUAAAUACAAUACAUAGAACUGAUGAAAGGGAAUAGAAAUAAAUAAAAUAAGAGGGAACUGAUGAAUGGAUAAAUAUAGAAAGACAUAUUGUAAGAGAGAGAAAUGAUGUUUGGGAAUAUAAAUAAACACAAAAUGAGAGAACUAAUGAAUGAGAAUCGAAAUAAAUAAAAUAAAGAGAACUAAUGAAAAGGAAUAGAAGGAAAUACAAUAAGAGGGAACUGAUGAAUGGAAAUAGAAGGAAAUACAAUGAGAGAAAUGAUGAAGGGAAAUAGAAAGAAAGAAAAUAUGAGGGAAUUUAUGAAUGCGAAUAAAAGGGAAGGCAGUGAGAGAGAAAGGUUGAAUGGCAAUAGACAGACAUAGAAUAAGAGAUAAUUGAUGAAUGGGAACAGAAAGAAAUACGAUAAAAGAGAACGGAGACAUCUUAACAGUCCUUCAGCUUAUUUUUAUACUUCUCUUAACACCAAUCACCACCACCACCACCACCACUUUUAUCCACACCAAAAAGACCACCACCACCACUACUACCACCACCACCACCACCACCACCGCCGCCGCCGCCACUGACAGCGCUGCCUCUCCCAAGCGAUAUCCUCCUCCAAGAGCAAUUACCGAACCGAUGAAGCAGAAAACCCAGGAAAUAAGAAUCGCACAAGAAAAAGACUCACGCAUCGCCGAGGAAUGGAGAAAAUAAAAUGCCGGUUGAAAGAAAACGGGGAGCGCAACUUUUGAAAAUAAUACAAUAGAUCGUGCCAAAUAAAACUAUACAAAAAUCAUGAUAAUGGCUAUAGCAAAAAAAAGUAAGUAUGUGAAAAUGAUUUAUGUGAUAGUGAUAAUGAUAGUAAAACGUAAUGGUAACAGGGAGGAUAAUUAACUAAGAAGAAAUAAAUAAAGAAAACAAGAAAAAGAACAACAUCAAGAACAAGAAGAUUAGAAGAUAU